CCUGCUUGCCGUAGUAAAUUGUAAACACGGAUGUUGCGUUUAUUCGGUCUUCGUUUUCAUGCGCUGUAGAGACGAGAAACCUCCAGCUAGCUUUAACAAAAAGUUUCUAAAGACAUUUCGACACUCUAACCUUUUACUAGUUAUACCUUAAAUGUUUAUGAACGUGUCAACACUGAGAGAAACAUUUAGACACAUCCCGGCGUCGGAAAAUGCACGGCAGCUAGCUUAGUGUUAGCUACAUAUCGUUAGCAAUGGCAGAUAAAAAAGAGAAAACAUACAAGUUUGUGAUCGUGGGAGGUGGCAUCGCCGGUGUGACAUGUGUUGAGCAGCUAUCAUCCCAGAUCCAGUCAGCUGACGUGGCUCUGAUUACAGCAGGUCCCCACAUCAAGGCAGUGACCAACUAUAAACAGGUGUCCAAGAUACUGGAAGAAUUUGACGUGGAGGAGCAACCAUCCAGUGUCCUGGAGGAGAAAUUCCCCAACCUGACUGUCAUCCACUCUGCUGUCAAAGCACUCAACACACAAUCACAUACUGUGGAAACUGCAGAUGGUCGUGUUUUCGGUUAUGAGAAGCUGUGUAUCUGCAGUGGGGGCAGACCUAAGCUCCUAACUCAAGGCAAUCCUUAUGUGCUGGGCAUACGGGACACAGACAGCGCUCAGGAGUUUCAGAAGCGGUUAUCCAGCGCAAAGAGAAUCGUUGUCGUUGGAAAUGGAGGGAUUGCCUUGGAAUUAGUGUAUGAGGUGGGGGGCUGUGAGGUGAUCUGGGCUGUGAAGGACAAAGCCAUAGGAAACACCUUCUUUGACGCCGGAGCGGCACAGUUCCUCAUCCCGUCACUGGAAGCUGACAAACCAGAGAAAGCUGUUCCCUGUAAGAGGACUCGCUACACCACAGAGGAACCGACAGCCGGAGCGUCACAGACCUUCACAGCAGAUAGAAACCUGCGAGGGCGUGGUUCUGGUCCCACAGAGCCUGGCAGCGCCCUCGGCCCAGACUGGCACGAAGGAAUAGUGCUACAAGGAGCAGAGCAGGUGUCCCGCAGAGUUUCAGUGGAAUACCAGUGUGAGGUGGAAAAGAUCUUCACCUCUGAGGAGCUGCUCAAUUCCCCACAGCAAACACUCAGACCUGAGACCGUAGGGACCUGGCCUAUUUACAUCAAGUUAACCAAUGGCAAGACAUUUGGCUGUGACUUUGUUGUCAGUGCCACCGGUGUCGUGCCAAACACUGAGCCAUUUCUCCAUGGCAACAAUUUUGCUGUGGCAGGUGACGGAGGCCUGCAGGUAGAUGACUAUAUGAUGACAUCAGAGUCAGAUGUCUAUGCCGCAGGAGAUGUGUGCACUGCAUGCUGGGAACACAGCCCACUGUGGCAGCAGAUGCGUUUGUGGACGCAGGCUCGUCAGAUGGGCUGGUACGUGGGUCGCUGCAUGGCUGCACACGUCCUGUCAGAACCAAUAGAACUGGACUUCUGCUUCGAGCUCUUCUCACAUAUUACUAAAUUCUUCAACUACAAGGUGGUCCUGCUGGGAAAGUUUAAUGGGCAGGGGCUGGGGCCCGACCAGGAGCUGCUGGUACGCUGCACCAAAGGCGUGGAGUAUGUCAAGGUGGUUCUCACAGGAGGGAGGAUGGUCGGAGCAGUGCUGAUCGGGGAAACAGACCUUGAGGAGACCUUUGAGAACCUGAUCCUCAACCAGAUGGAUCUGACACCGUACGGAGAGGAGUUGCUCAACCCCAAUAUUGAUAUAGAGGACUACUUCGAUUGAGACUUUGCAGCAUGUUGAGCACUGCAAACUCAAGAAUCAUGCAAGGCAGAGGACGUUGAUGCAGAAAUAUGAAUUUAAGGCUCAAAAGAAUUUGGGGGAAAAGUUGCAUUCAGUGUCCAAACAAACAGGCGUGUCUGAUUUUUUCUUUUGGCACUGACAAACAGCUGUGUGAUAAAGGAGAUUAUCCUGGUUCUUAUUUAUGUACUUGUAAAGUAAAGAAUAUAUUUUUGCUGUGAAAUAAAUUAUUGUCCAAUACAAAUGAGGUGAAU